AUGCGUUUCAUGCGCGAACGAUCAGAUGUGAUAUGUCUUCAUGGACGUCAUCAUAUAUCUGCAUCAGCUCUCAAUGUACCUUGCUUAUUCAGUAAUGAUGAUAAUAUUGAUGUAACACUCGAUAUUCUUCUAUUACCAAAUGAAAUAACUGUUGAAAAUCUUCUCGAAGCUUUGGAAUCUUCAUUUAUUUCUAAAGAUGGAAAGGUUUUUUUCACUGAAAAUGCUAUUAAUCUGGUGGAGGCAGUAAAGGGUGUUGCUCGAUGUAUAUCAGGUAAAGGUAAUGGAACGUGUUAUAGAGUAGGACUCACUUGUGUAGCUACCAAUUAUCAUGUAGCACAACUUGUUCUCAAUCCUCCUCGACAUAGAAUUCCUAUGUUUAUUGAUGAAUUUAAUAUUGAAUCAUCAUUCGAUAUCAUCAAAUCUUAUUUUACUGAUGAAGGUUCUCAAUGGAAGAAAUCUUAUCCAACAGUAUCAAAAUAUGAAUAUAAUGGUACAGAUAAUUCUGAAGCCUUUAAAAAACAUAUAAGAAUGGAUCCUCUUCUCAGUGUUCAAAAUGAUUUUGAUUAUCCAGACUAUUGUGUUGUCUCAUUGAUGCAUCAACUUGAAUUUCAUGUUUUAUUUGUUCCAUCCAUGCGUGUUGGUCAAGUUGGUCAAGCAAUAGCAACUAUCAGUUUUCCAGGUCUAGAAGGUGAGAGAUAUUCAUAG